AUGCAGUGGAGAGGCCUGGCAUCGACAGUGCCCCAGUUCCGACGAGAGGUGUUGAAGAUCCCUAGGAUAGGCAUGUGGCACAGCGCUGGGUCGUUAUUGGAGGAUUGGGGGGUUCCCUUCUCGUAUUCAUUCUCACCGAGUCUUUUCCCGAAGCCCCCGGAUUGGGGCCCGAACCUCGACAUAACUGGCUUCUGCGUGGGGUCUCAGAAUACGACCUAUGAGCCUCCCGCUAUGCUGGCUAAGUUCCUCAGCAGGGGGUGCAAGCCGUUCUAUGUCGGUUUUGGCAGUAUAGCUGGGGACCUGUCGUAUAUAUACAAACCCAUCCUAGAGGCAAUAAAGGAUAUCCCCGAUCUCAGAGUUGUCCUCCAGAAGGGAUGGGGGACUCUUAAGGACAUAACCGCUGAGGACUUCAUUCACAUCCCAAACUUGAAGGAUCGAGUUUUCUUCAUUUGUACUCCUCCUGCGAUUUGCCCGAAGUGUGGUAAGAAGCCCGAGGCUCGUUCACAUAGUGACGGCCUAUUCUGUGAUGACUGUGUGGACUCAUCAUCAAUAGAGUAUGCCGAGGGUACCUGGGAAUAUGAUAUACUCAAAGCCCUAGGCCGGGAUAACAUAGCCUUCCUUUCAU